AUGAAACUCGAGGUUCGCAGCGGUCGUAUGAUCUCGGGAAGGCUUCACACGACGUGGAGCUCGAAGACCGACGUCUCGGAACCAGUCUCACCUCGACCCCAGGUCGUGAGUCGUGCCGAGCUCGGGGUCUCGGCGUGCGCGGCGACCGAGGACCUGUCGCCCGUCGUGAACAGAAAUGCUCGCGUGAUCGGAUUCCGAAGACAGUUGCAGAGCUUGUUCAUCGUCCUCGCCGUCGUCGUGGCCGUGGCUAAGGCCGGCUACCUGGGCGCCCCCGCCGUGGCUGCCUACGGCGCACCCGCCUACGGCUACGGUGGCUACGCCGCCCCCGCCUACGCGCACGGUCUCGCCGCCCCCGCCGCCAUCACCUCCCAGCACUCCAACAUCCUGAGGACGCCCGGCAACCUGGGACAGGUGUCCACCUACUCCAAGACCAUCGACACGCCCUAUUCCAGCGUCUCCAAGUCCGACGUGCGUGUCAGCAACGACGCCCUGGCCUACGGCGCCGCCUACCACGCGCCCGCCUACGGAGCGUACGCCGCCCCCGCCCUGGCCGCCCGCGCCUACGCCGCCCCCGCUCUGGCUGCCCGCGCCGUCGCCCCUGGUCUCCUGGGCGUGGCUUACUCCGCCGCCCCCGUCGUCUCCCACAUGACCUACACCAAUGCCUACGGCAUCCACUACGCCUACUAG